AUGGCACGGGGGUGGGUUCGAUCGAUCUCCCUGAAAAUGAGAGAAGGAAAGAAUGCUGUUUUUCAGAGAUGGGUAACUGCUGCAAUCCCCCCUCGUACGAUUUCGGGAAAGUUGCCUCCCUUGAUCUUCUGUCCUCGUCUUCUUCCCUGGCAAGUGUGCGUACGCUUUCAAGUGCGGGGGUGGUGCGCGCCGUCGUCGCCAAGGGUGCGCGCACCCGAGAGAUCAUCGGCUGAAAAGUGGUACAGGCCAAGCUAACGCCCACCAGGCACCCAGUUUGAUUGCGAGCUCAACCGGAGCGGGGCCGCGUUAACAUUGACUACGUGGAUUCGUCGAACUCCUUAGGCUAUUCUCCAAGGGUCUGGAGUUCGGGAGUUAAUUUCAUUGCGUGACAUGCACGCUAGAUAACGCGAUAAGAUAAUUUGAUAAAUCACCUCAGGACCGGCUUCUGGGGCGAGCGUUUAGCGCCAGACGACAAAACUACAGGGUGGUUUACAGCAUCCGUCGCGAUGCAACCCUGCAAUUAAUUACGAAUCUAUAUAUAUAUAUAUAUAUAUAGAUAUAUAUGUAUGUUCGUUUACCCGGGUUCACCGUGCAUCGGGGAAUUAUGGUAUGGGUGCAGGCCAGUGAAGUGCAAAUGCACGAGCAGUGGUAUACAGACGAAUUAUCGUUGAUAUGUCUGUAAUUUACAUGACGACCACUUAGGAUCUAUCAGGAAGAUACGCGUCGCUACGUCGCCGUUCAUUCAUUUUCUGCCGACUGUCGACUCCCUAAGUAACAAACGUUGGCUGAAUGUUUGGGUGGAGGAAGGCGGGCCAGAAGGUAGAGUUAAAAUGUACAAUAAGUAUGUCUGGCCGUUGGUGUUGGAAGUGUGCCGUCUCUGCCUCCUCGUCAACGUUGUUGAAUCGAGGUCCGACUCGUCCUGUGGGGGCCGACUGACAGCCCCCAAGGGGGUGAUACUGACGCCAAAUUUCCCGGGGCCGUUCGACGUGCCUAUAAAGUGUCGAUGGGUGAUCGACGCGUCGGAUUUACUGGCGAAAAACGGCUCGAUCACGGUGUAUCUGACGCAGUUGUACGUCUACAAGGGUCUCACCUUCACCGAGUACGCCUACUACGAGUCGGAGUCGUCGAAUCUUGGCGCUACCAGGAUCCAGGAGGUCACCGAAAGUAACGUCUUCGAGUUCCGAUGGCUCAAGACGUUCCGGCCCAUCCUCGUGAUCGACUUCAGCCUUGACAGACUCGAGGGAAACCACGUUCGCGUCCUCAACGGACUUCUGAACGUCUUCGGUUUCAACAUCACAUACGAGAUGUCCGGCAGACCAACAAACCCGAAGUCUUGCUCGGUCAAGGACUGCUCCUACUCCGGGAGCUGCUUCGUCGCAGCGAAUUACUCUACCUUCUCGUGCGAAUGUUUCGACGGUUUCACCAGGGCGGAUUGCUCCAACGGCCCCCUGUGCCUGGACGAUCAGCAGCAUCCGGUGUGUCAAAACGGGGCGACCUGCAGGCACGUGGGGGCUGAGGCGAUACGAUGUCACUGCGCGGAUGGUUUCACCGGAAACUACUGUGAAGUUCGAGCAGCGCAGAGAUCCGCAACGGACUGCACUGACCAGCGAUGCGUGCUGCAAUGUCCAUUUAACGGGGCGCAAAACAGAGGCUGUAACUGUCGAAACGGGACGAAAAUAACUACCGAUCGUUCGAGAUUUGAGUGUAGAAUCAAACUAACAAACGUGACGUCGGUGAGGAUGCUGCUUCUCCCGAAUCAGGGCAGCUUGGAGGCGUUGCUGGUGCGACAGAUUGCCAAAUAUUUAAGGAACGCUAACAUAUCGUCCGUCGAGGAGCUCAAAAUCUUAAGCAUAACGCCGACGUCGGAGGUGGUUUUUCACUUUUUCGGAAACACAUACGACGGGGAUAAAAUACGAGAAUCUCUCAAUCGACUCGUGCAACGACGUCGUCUGGGAGAAAUAUCGCUCGAAUCUACACAUUUCACUUUCCAGCAAAAGCCAGCACUGAAGUUGCAGAACCUACGUAUAAAUCAGCUUAACGAGCGAGAAGUACGAUUGGGUGACCAGUUUAUCGUAUCAUGCGUUGCCCAGGGCAGCUACAACCUCACAUUUACCUGGUACAAAGAUGGAAUGUUGGUUAAUACGAGUAAAGCAACAAGAGAAAUUUGGGUGAAGCAUCUGCCCAAUGAUGGGUCGGAUCAGUACACCUCUUUGCUCGGAAUCGAUAGAUCAACGCUGCUCGACGCAGGCCAAUAUACUUGUCAAGUGAUUGACUGGGGCAUGGAGCAAUGCAAGAGCUUGACCAUCGACAUACGGGACGAGCCAAAUGUCAGGGUGGUUCCGAUGAGCGCGACCAUUGAAAAGGGGAACAAUAUUCAACUGAAAUGCUUGACCCCCAACAUGCGGAGCAUCGGUAUAGGGUUCGGCUGGAGCAAAAAUCGUGCAUUAUUGAAGCUCGAGCCCGGAAGUGAAGUGUGGGAGGACCUUUUUCCAGCCGGCAGUAUAUUGAAGAUUACAAACGCACAAAAAUCGGCAAUAUACACGUGCAACGUUGCUCAGAGGUCGAUGGCGGUGCGGGUGGAGGUCGUUAAUCGAACACGGAUACCGAUAUGCCUAAGAGAAAGAGCAUGGGGAGUGAGGUGGCCAGAUACUGGGCCAGGAUUGGAGGCGCUUCUCGAUUGCCCGGAGAAUUUUUUUGGUCACCGUGUAGCUAGGCUCUGUUCCAUGAAGGAUGCGACGACGCCGGAAUGGCAGCUGCCCGAUUUCUCCACCUGCCUCUACGAGCCCUUAUUCGCACCCUACAACAACUUUCAAAGUUUAACACUAGGAUACCAGAAUACGACAGGUGCCGAAACCGUAAAGGCAUACUGGAGCCUCCUACGGUCUAGGAAAACUCCUUUGUAUCCGGGUGAGGGGGAUCGCAUAGUUGCACUUUUGUGGGAAAUCGAACAAUACCUAAACGCUACGAAGGAACUUGCCGACUUGAUUCAUUCGGCCGAGCCUUUUAUGCGGAUCGUUAAUUUCGUUGUCGAGAAUGAACACUCGGUUCUGAAUGAACAGCAACUGACACUGAUGCAACAAUUGACCCGUCGCAAUUUGGUAUACUGGGCUGAACAGGCACACCCACCUCAAAUGCACCUCGCACUCUCAGCUAUAGUGGCUGACGUACUUCCGUUGCAAGUAGAUAACAGCGACGGUGUGACCCGGACGAUGAGAAUUCCUGGGCCUGACUAUAUGUAUCCUAGCUGGUACAAAGACAACGUUCUUAUCCGCGUAAAUAGAAAUGAUUUGACAGGGAAAAGGAAGGACGAUACAUACAGCGGAAUCACUAUCGUGUACAAAAACCUGUCGAGCUUAUUGCCGAAUGUGUACGUCACGGAACUCGACGAUGGUACAGAUCUUGAGUAUCGAAUUAAUUCGCGGAUCGUAACGGUAGACACAAUAUUGCCGGAAAAAAAGGUGGCGAAGAUUUUUACACAAGGGAAAAUAUCGGUCGACCUACUGUUACGUCAUAUCCAAAACCACUCCGGAAUAUGGAACACAUCGUGCGGGGCGGCAGAUUUCACAGGCUCGUGGAAUCUCAAUACCUGCGUUAGCGAUACUCUUCCGGACGGCACUGCAACCCGGUGUGUUUGUCCUCACCCGGGAACCUUCGCCGUAUUUCUGACAGCACGCGCGGUUCGGGUGGCCCUAGCAAAACACAAAAAAGCCACUCUGGUGGUGAUGGUGGGCUGCGGAAGCUGCCUGUUCCAAUGCUUGCUCACGUCUAUCAUCCUGGGCUCAUAUUGGUGGAAGAAUCGUACCUGGCUAAACUUUCUUAAGGUACAAUGUUGCACCGGACUUAUUGGAGCGAUGGGAAUAUUCAUUUACGCCACUUAUCAAACCCUACCCGAGAGCGCCUUCUCUCUGGUGGCUAUAUCUCUUGAGGCAUUUCUGCUUGUUGGCAUGUCAGCCCCGAUAUCCCAGGCGAUGAUAAUUUACGCCGAACUAACCCAGGUUCAACAGAGCCAACACCUUCAGCCCACGGUGAUCGCGGUAAUCACAGGAGUUCCAGUCUUGGCCGUUCUGGCGACUGAAUUGGCCCACAAAAGCACCGGUUGGCAUCACGAAUCUUGGUGGCUGAUGACUGGAAGCGGAGUCUUCAAUAUAUUCAUAACUUGCGCGACGAUCAUGGUCCUGAUAUUCAUUCUGCUGCACAUCGGCAUUGUACACAAGGCCCACGCUCUUGUUGCAGAGAAUAUUCUGAAAAAAGAGACGAUAGAGACAAGAAUACGGCUGCUCCGUCGUGCGGCUGUAAUAUUGUGUGGAAUUAUAUCGAUGGAGACCUCGUCAGUUUUAUACGUCAACUCAUCGUCCACAAUCGUUCACUACGUAUUCGCUACGUUAUGUGCUCUGUUGGGAUUUAUCGUGAUAGUCGGUUACGUGUUGAACAGUGAGAUUCCACUGGUAGCUCCGCUAUUCCAAAAAUUGAAAUGGAAGAGCAAGCUGAGCGACGGAGAGAUUUCCGACCCGGUGAAAGUCUGCUCAAGGAGUAACGAGAGUUCGGAAAACGAGAUGGGUCAAUCGAUGCAGCUGAACGAGCCAUCGUACCUGGAGGUUCGUGGAGUGGCAGCUGGUAGUAUAGACACUCGAGAAUACGGUGCUGAGCCAGCGGCGCCGUCUUACAAGAGUUUCGGAAUCCCAUUGGUUGGUAGAUUUCUGCCGGAGAUUCGAAUCGACGGUACGGACAACGUGAAUUUGGAAAACUACAGCACGAGUCCAAGGAAGUAUCAGGAAGCGCGGCUCGAGUCUGCGGAAGCUGGAGGAGGCGGAAACGCGACGAUGCAGGGUGCGGGGUCAAGUGGUGGCGCGAUUUACUCGUUCGAUUCGAAUUACGAGGCCGUCGAGCAUCGAACGCUGAGGGAUUUCAACCCGUACAUCGUUCAGGCCCCGAGUGUUCCUCCGGUUCCUCUGGUUCCCGGCGUAAUGCCAGGAAGCUGUGGCGGUUCGGCGACGGUUCUCUGCAGCGCCGAGGUCGAGUCACGGCUUAUGAAAAUCGGCACAAUGCCGGACGUCACGCUGGCCAUAAAGCAGACCGAGAUCGAAUUGCGGCCGGUUGAAGUAAAGGCGAGGGAAAACGUCAGUCCGAUACCGGACAUAGCGAAUACAAGCGAACGGAAACAGCCCGACGGCGAAGAGAAUGCACCGAAAAUUAUCGUCACCGAUUGCGAAAGCAGCGCAAGCGGGAUGCUCGAUCGAAUUUCUCACGAUCUUGACUAUCUGUUGAAUCGUAAACACGGCAACGAGUCGUAAUGACUGAAAAAAUUGUACGCAGGAAUGACUGUGUUUCUGUUCGUCUUGCAUUA